AUGGGAUUCGAAUCAACUAGUUCAGGUGUCGCAGCCAGUAUAUUCUUGGGAUUAUAUACAUUGUACCUUUUGUUAACGAUAAAUAUUGUUAGACAAAGAGGGUUUAGAUCUAUAUACACUGCAUUGUUUGCAUUUGGUGUAUUUAGGGUGGGUGGUCAGGUAUGUGGUGUUGCAUUUGCAGUGUUGGGAAUUGAACAUUGGCCAUGGUUAAUUGCAUAUUUGGUGCUUACUGCGGAAGGGUAUUUUGCAUUAAUUAUUGCAGCAUUUUAUUUUAUUGUCCAGUGUCAGAUAAAACAGAAUGGGAAGUCGUGGUUGUGUAAGAGCAAAGAGGAACGCAAAAAGGAACAAGAACUCAGCAAAUUCAAACAUACGUCUUGUUUGUCAUGGGCAACAGUCUUCCACAUAGUCUUGAUUCCCGCAAAUGCUCUUGUUAUUGGUGGUGGCACAACAUUGACAGGGGUUGACACGGACAAAUGGGAUCAAGAAACGGAUAAAAUCAAUACGUCGAAAGGAUUGAGGACAACGGGACAAGCCAUUUUUCUUAUUCAAACUAUUAUUGUGAUUUUGCUCCUGAUCUAUGUCUACGUUAAAGAAAAAGUCAGAGGAUGUACCAUUUAUUUGUUGUUUGCGGCCUCUCCAUUUUUGCUUGUGAGAGGUAUUUUUGGGAUUAUGUCUAUCUUCAUUGGCGAAAUGAACUACUAUCAGCUUUCGAACUAUGAUAGGGCGGGCCUCACAUCGGCAUUUAUUGCUUACGAAUAUUGUCUUGCAACAACAAUGGAAUUUAUUGCUGCUAGUUUAUUCAUUUCUAACUAUUACCUCGAUAAAACCGAGGAAGCUACUGAAAACGAAAGCUACAGCAAGUUUGAAUCCGACGAAAGUAGCCUCAAUAAAGUAUAA